UUAAUUGUUACAAAAAGUAUGCCCAUGUGAACACAAUGAUAAGGCAUCUCCCAGGGCCUUGACAAAAGGUACCUGCAAUACAGGGGCCUUUGAUACUUAAAUGCUAUUCGUUUCAUUGUAAAGCGGCCUCUACCCGGCUCAUUUUUGGAAAAUAUUUAACUUGGCAACACAUUAAACUCUAUUUUUGAACAACCUUUGCAGGUCUGCCCUAUAUGUAUUUAGUUUUGUUUUGGAAUAACAAGUCGACUAGGAAGGCAAACGUCCGUUGGAAGAAAACCGUGAAACCUCUGUAUAAACACCCUUCCCCAGGUUGCCAACACUUGCACCCUAGCGACGGGACUGUGUGGAAGGAUGCUUGGACCUGGGCAUGCGCGUUUGUGUCACGGGGACGCGGCGUGGCCACGCCCCCCUGUGGUCGGACCCGAGCAGCAGGCUGCUGACCUCGGCCCAGCACAUACCUCUUAGGAGGGAGGCUCUGCUCCUUGCGCCCUCAGCCCAUUUCUCGUCCUUCAGGGCCGCUUCGCCCUUUCUUCCAGGUGUCAUGGGCGCUGAUGACCACCAGGUGGCGGGGUUGCCCGCGAGGACUCUGUCGCCACCUCGUGGCCGACACCGAACACUACGCCUUCUCGCCCGUCGCUGGGGUGCUGGGGUGCAGGGAGAGUUCGUACGGCUGGGGAAUAUUAGUCACAGUGUGCUUCAAAGCCUGACCGGCAGCCCAGGAAGAAAUAUGCAGAUUCUGGGGCCUAAAGACAUCUUCCAAAGCCCUCCUUGCCCUCGGUUAGUAGAGGAUCAGUAACCCCCGACCUCAGGUCCCCCCAUAGAAGGGGCUCCCCAGCCAGUAUUCAGUAUUCAGACCCUGAACCCGAGUGAAACGCGGGGGUCGGAGGGUGGCAAGGGGAGUCCAGUCGCUUCUCUCCUGUUAGGUUCUGAGUCGUGCUCAGCACACAGUAGGAGCUUAAUAAGUGUCUAAGAAACGAAGGGCCAACUCGCGCGUUCUGUCCCGAACUCCCCCUCCCCACACACCAAGGGCGCCUGGGAGUUUCCUGUGGGUGGAGGUGCGCUAGACACCCCGUCCCGGGGACGCUGGCAGGAGUGGGAAUGCGAGCCCCCAGAAAACCGCUGAGGGGACGCUGCGCCAGGGGGAACCAAUUCAUUGCUGCGAACUUCCCCACAGAGGAGGGCGGCCGGAAGUCUGCCUCGGCUCGAGGGAGAGCCAACAUGGGAACUCAGCCUAGUCCUGGUUCUUAUUGGCUAAAACUAGGGAGCUGGGAGGAGCGAUGGACCCUGGCUUCCGCCUGACUGUUCAUUGGCUAAUUGUCGCUUAAGGCCUCGGGUUCUCAUUGGCUAAAGUCGACUCGGCGGUGUCCUACGAUCCUCCGGCUUCCUCGCGGGUUGGUAGGAGAAACAAGCCCUUGCCCCGCCCCUCGAGCAAAACCCUUCAUUUUAAACAUAAAGUUGGGGACCGGGUGGCCCUUUUCCCCGAAGCCUAAGGCUCCCUUGGGCGUUUGCUCCCCGAGGCCUUCGAGUCUUACUGAGCCAGGGAUUGAGAGAGACGCGAUCGGUGAGUGAGGCUGGAACGAAUCCUUCGCGGAACCAUCGACGCAAGGCCUCCGGGAGCGCGUGGAGGAGCUGACUGCGGCGGGCCCGGCCGGAUCCGUAGGAAUGGCAGCGGGGACGGGCGACAGGGGGCCGGGGGUCGCCGUCCCAGUGGAGCUGCGGCGCGAGAGGCGCUUGGUGUGCGUGGAGUACCCGGGCAUUGUGCGCGACGUGUCCAAGAUGCUGCCGACGCUGGGCGGUGAGGAAGGCGUCUCCCGGACCUAUGCAGACCCCACCAAGAGGCUGGAGCUGUACUUCCGGCCCAAGGACCCCUACUGCCACCCCGUGUGUGCCAACCGCUUCAGUACCAGCAGCUUGCUGCUCCGGAUCAAGAGGAAGACAAAACAGCAGAAGAGGGUGCCAGGGCCCGAGGCCCACCCCGAGGUCACGUUCGACAUGGAGAUCCUUGGCAUCGUCUCCACCAUUUACAAAUUCCAAGGAAUGUCCGACUUCCAGUACUUGGCGGUGCACACGGAGGCGGGCGGCAGGCACAUGUCGAUGUAUAACAAAGUGCUCAUGCUCAAGCCCCAGAAGGAAGCUUUCUUCCACCAGGAGCUGCCGCUCUACAUUCCCCCGCCCAUCUUCUCGCGGCUGGACACCCCGGUGGACUACUUCUACCGCCCAGAUACGCAGCACCGGGAAGGCUACAACAACCCCACCAUCUCUGGUGAGAACCUGAUCGGCCUGAGCAGGGCCCGGCGCCCCCACAACGCCAUCUUUGUCAACUUCGAGGAUGACGAGGUGCCCACACAGCCGCUGGAGGCUGCAGUCCAGACAUGGCGGAAGGUUUGCACCAACCCCCUGGACCGGAAGGUGGAGGAGGAGUUGGCGAAGCUGUUUGACAUCCGUCCCAUCUGGUCACGUAACGCCGUCAAGGCCAAUAUCAGCGUCCACCCUGACAAGCUCAAGGUCUUACUGCCCUUCAUGGCUUAUUACAUGAUAACAGGCCCCUGGAGAAGCCUAUGGAUUCGAUACGGGUAUGACCCCCGAAAAAACCCAGAUGCCAAGAUUUAUCAAGUCCUCGAUUUUCGAAUCCGUUGUGGAAUGAAAUACGGCUACGCCUCCAUCGACUUGCCGGUGAAGGCCAAGCGCAGCACCUACAACUACAGCCUCCCGAUCACCGUCACCAAGACGCCCAACCAGGCUGUCACCACCAUACAUGACCUGAAACAGGGCCUCGGCCCAUCGGGGACGGCUAGCGCUCGGAAAUCGAGCCCCAACAAGUACAAGCUCAAGGACUCGGUCUACAUCUUCCGGGAGGGGGCCUUGCCGCCGUAUCGACAGAUGUUCUACCAGUUAUGCGACCUGAGCGUGGAUGAGUUGCAGAAGAUCAUUCAUCGCAACGACGGGGCCGAGGAUUUCUGCACGGAGCGGGAUGGGUGGUGCCUCCCCAAGACCAGUGAUGACCUGAGGAAUGCCAUGUCAGUCAUGAUCCGGCAGGCCAUCCGCUCCAAGAGGCCUGCUCUCUUCUCCAGCCCGGCCCAGGCUGACGGUGGCAAAGAGCAGCUGACAUACGAGUCUGGGGGAGACGAGGAGGAGGAGGAGGAGGAGGAGGACUUCAAGCCGUCCGAUGGGAGCGAGAAUGAGAUGGAGACGGAGAUGCUGGACUACGUGUGACGUAGCCUGGGCCCAAGGCAGCACCAGCCAGGGCUCCCCGGGGCCGCCAGCUGUCGCCCGAGUGGCCCAGGAACAGCCCGGGAGGCCCCUCAAAGGAACUGGGUGUAGGUGACCCAGUCCUGCCUGUGACUUGCUGUUUGGGGCUGCCAUCAUGCCCUGGGUGCUUGGGGACAUCCCCCGAAGGUAGUGCCCUCACUCCUGCAGCCAUGAGCCAGCCCAGCGCCCAGUGGGCGGGGCCAGCCCCACUGCUCCCUCUGGCUGAGACCAGACCAGCAAGAGCUGGAGCUGGAGGUGGUGCAGCCGGGGGGCUGGUCUUGGCUUGGGUCUCGUGACUGAUGGCAGCCACGGCACGAGGAGCCUGGUGGCCAGAGACUGUCCUGGGGUUUGAUCCCAUCCAUUUGGGGUAGCCUGACAAAGGCCAGGCCAGCUCAAACUGGCCUCAUUAAAUACAUUUUCCGAAAGA